GUCAUUCACCCCUUGAGUGGAACGUAUCCCAGCUGCAUGCUCUCUGGAUGAUUAUCGUUCCGGAUAGGCUCAUAAAUUGCCACCGACAGAGCGGUCACUGCAAACCAGCCUUCUGAGCUUUGUACUCCAGGAUCUGAGACAAAGGAAGCCUCAUUCUGAAAACCAUGGAAGAGUACUUUUCGGCCGUUCACAAGAUGGAACAAACCGUCAUGUUCCCCAGCCUUCUGCAAGGAGUCCCUUUGGAAGGCCAGGAGGACACAUCCAAUUCCAGCUCUGAAAAAAAAGACCUGUAUGAAUAUUACAUGCUGUUGAAAUCCAUCAAGCUGGUUGUGGAAAGAGGUCUGUUGCCCCGAAGCCACCCAACGUCCCACGUUAGAGAACAAGAGGUCAAGGAAGAGGAGGACUUGGAAGGCUUCUUCCAUUACCACAUCUCCAGUUUGUAUCACGUCCUCACGCAGCUGACCAGGAGAGCCCAUGCGGUGACCUCCAAAUACAAUGAAAUCAUGGGGCAGAUUAACGGGAAUGAAAAGAGGCCCAGCUUCUGAGGAAAGCGCAGCUUAAGUAACCAAAGGUCACCCCACCGCUAUCACCAGGAGACUGCAUGGCUGAUAUUGACAUUCUGCUGGACUUUGCUCCAGAGGACUUGUUUUCGUGUGGCAACCGGUGUUCUGUUGUGAUAAUAGGAGGGGGAAAAAAUACUUGACUCUUUUUCAUCGGCUAAUGACACCAAUUAGCAAGAAAACCCAGGGUGAUGCAAAAACCGGCAAUGUUUAUUUUAUUAUUUAUAGGAAACUGUCUUUGAUGCUGACACACUCACCGUUAUUAAAAUGCUAAAUAAAAAGAUGUGUUCCACGUAUUCA